AUGUCUGCACAAGAUGCUGCCAAGUACCCCGUGUGGAGGGCUUACUUCACUGGCUCACCCAGGGACCACGUUGGAAUCUUCAUCCAGACUGGGACGGCCAACAUUGGAACUCUAAUUCAGGUCAGGGGUGGCAUUGAGCUGCCAGCAGGUAUGAAGCAUCAAAAGCUGGAAAACUACAACUUGGACCAGUCUCAGUCGUUCCUUCGCAAGGAACGUCUUGGAAACACAAAGGAAGACGUUGGUAAACUCUGGGACUGUGCCCAAUCACUGCCAGCUCCACCAUGCCAAUUUGACAAGAAUGGCCCAAUGCCAGGUGAGAAAAGACGUUGCAACGAGUGGCAGGCUGACUACGAGAAGAAGCUUUCCGAGGAAGGCCUUGUAGUGGAUAUUCAAAAGAAUGUUCAACCUUUGGUUGAGAAAUAUACUGAAUGGCAUUGA